CCCCAGCCCAGGCCGGCAUCAUGGCAGUGGGAGGCUUUGAGGAUCAGGGCAUCUAUCGCAUGUCCCUCAGCAGGGUUGGUCGAUGAUGAAUGUGUUUGGACUUCUGUCUCCGCAGGCUUUGGCUCCAAACCGGCCCCAGAGCAUGUGGGGAUGGGGAUGGCUGGGGUAGGGCAGGAGGGAGUCCCAGCCUGAGGGCAUGGCAAGGCUGCUGGCUGCCCUAUGGCAGAUCAUGAGGAAAGAGGUCUGGAAGGGGCAGUGGCCCUGAUAUAGCGCAGGAAUCUCGCGGCUGGUGGCAUUACAUGCCAUGUGACUCCCUUUCCUUCAGCAGUUCCCUUGCCCAGUUACACUGUAAAGCUUCAGAUGAGUUUGGGCUGUGUGUGAGGGCCGGAGCUGCCUGCAGCUCCCCUGCCCUUCAGCCCACCCACUGUAUCCUGCACACCCCUUGCUGUUCACACUCCUGGGGAUUUGGCACUAAGGUGAUGCAGGGUACAUCCCUGAGCCUGGUUUGCGUGGGCACUCUGGCCAUCUUCCCACACUGGGUAACUGCCUUCUGUCUCCCCAAAUUCCCCCUGCAGUUUCAAGUGGAUGUGGGAUUCUCCUUCUCUUCCAGUCCUAGUCUGUUGUGUAGCGUUGCUGCGCGCUGCUCUGCCGCUGCUGCCUUCCAGCCCAGAGGUGGCUGCAUUGCAGUGGUGGCAGCUGGUGGGGACCACAUUACAGGAGUGCAACCCACAGCCCCUGCCAUGCCACACGCCGGUUGCUGCUUCCGUCCCCUCUCCCUCCUGGGCUGUCACACUGACCUGAAGCAGGAAGGAUUUGAGGGGAAGGCUGGUUCCGUGACAGGUUUUCCUGGUGAGACCUCCCUGGGGAUGGGAAGAGGAAACGGAAUGCUGCCCCUGGCUGUUGCAGCCACAGGCUCCCAUGAGACAGCAGCCACGAGUGAGCAGCCAGCAACAGCUGAAGAUGCAUCAGACACAAGCCUGCAUGGCUCUGGCGUGGCAGGCUUGCUCCAGAAUGUCCAGCAAGUGCUGGUGCAGAUCCUGCAGACAUCACGGCGGCAGCAGGCACUACUGGAGAGCCUGGCCAGCGACACAGUCUCCCAACUCCACCUCCUUUCCCAAAGCCUCAUGCAGGUGGGCGAGACCCUGAACCAACUCUUGCUCCGGCCACAGAUCCAUCCUGGCCCCAUUGGCCACUACGUCCCCCAUAUGCCCCUUUUUGAGGGUGGCUCUGGAGUGCCCUGCUCCUCUGGUGCUUCCCACACUUCCCUGGAUCACAAAGAGGAGCCUCAGCUGUUCCCCGAAGCCAGGUGCAUCACCCCAUGAGUGCCACUAUCACUGGCCACAGGAGCAAGAGCUUUACUACACAGCCACAGCACAGAUUUUUAUAUCACAGGUUCCAGAUAUUUUCAAAGUUUAUACUAGAGAGACACUUAAAUAAAAUUAAAAAUAGCUUUUCUACUA